AACAACUGACAUCCGGCAAACAAACAUGGCAAAAUUUGUACUUGCUGGCAAGGCAAAUUGCCCGUACUUUGCCAAAGCUGAACUUCUUGCAGAUUUACUGCAAAGAUCUCUGCCAAAGUUCAGCAUCCACACGCUCUGCAUGCACCCCGAUGAGUGGCAGCAAUGGCUGGAAACCACUUGCAAGGAAAAUGGCUGGCAGCAUGAGCAUUCCCCCAUGAUAUGGAGGGAACUGAUCAACCGUGGGGGUAAAGGAAUGCUUCUAGGGGGCUUCAGCGACUUCCUAGAACAUGUACAGGCUUACUAUGGCAUCACCUCAGAUAUGACGACGGAACUGAUGAUGAAGAUUGCAACAGAGAACCUGCUGACACGGGAGCUGUGCAUGAAGGAGGAGGUGUACCAUCAGAGCCUCAUCAAGCCAAUGCACAUAUGGAUCAGCAGUGCUCUUAACCCGACCUGCUACAUCCUGAUCCCCCAGCUGUUUGCCCCUGGGGUAUUCCGGGACGCCCCAACCAUCAGCCUCCACCUGUUGGAUGUGGGGGCCAUCGAGGAGGACCUGCAGGGGGUCAGGAUGGAGACAGAGGACCUGGCUCUCCCACAGCUCCAUAAAGUCACUGUCUACACAGAGCUGGACCAGGCCUUCCAACAAGCACACUUCAUCAUCCUCCUGGAUGACAGUUGGCCUGAGUGUGGAGGGGAGGACGAGGAAGAAAUCAAGGUGAGGAAUGUGGCGGAGCGUUACCAACAGUAUGGGCGCCUUAUCAACAAAAGGGCGCACAAGAACGUGGCGGUGAUUGUGGCUGGGAACUCCUUGGUCAACCUGAAGUGCUCCCUUCUGCUAGAGAACGCUCCCUCGGUUGACAGCGGACGCUUUGUCGGCGUGGCAACUCAACUGGAGUACGAAGCCAGAGCCCACAUUGCACAGAAGCUAUCUGUGAAGACUGCAGAUGUGACAGAUGUCAUCGUUUGGGGCAACAUCAGCGGCAGUUCCCAUGUUGACCUGCAGAGGGCGAAGGUUUUCCAAUACGAAGGGGCCAUCUGGGGACCAUCAGAUUUUUCUCAGCCAGUCCUAAAGAUGAUAUAUGACAGGAAAUGGCUACAGACUGACUUCCUGAAUUUGGUCAGUUCCCAACGUGCCACUGUAGCCUCCAAGUCCCAGAGGACCACAGCCAUAUCAGCCACUAAUGGGAUCAUUGCAGUUCUAAAGGCCUGGAACUGCAACUCUUCUGCUAAGGAGGUCCUCUCCUUAGGCAUACUCAGCACAGGACAGUACAACCUCCCAGCUGGUGUAGUCUUCUCAAUGCCAGUGAGCUUCCAGGAUGGUAGAUGGUCCGUGUUGUCUGAUGUCAUCAUUGGUGAUGAGAUGAGGGCCAAACUGCAGAUUGCUGCAGACCAACUCAGGGAGGAGAAAGAGCUUGCAUCAAGGACAAGAAAAGACACUGCAUGAAUUUACACUACUUUCUGAAGAGCUUUCUGUCAGUUGUUAUAUGUUUGUUCAAAAUAAACAAAAAUGGUCUUUAUACUUUUUGAUAAAGACAUCUGACAUUCAGUUGCAUAUUAAAGGUUGAAUGUAUUUGGUGACUAAACAAAUAGUGAUGACCUCAAUGAAUAUCAUCAUCACUGGACUUCUGGUUGCCCCUCUCCCCACUGCAUCCUUCCCCUUCAACUUAUUGUUUGAGCUAUGAAGUUAUUUUUACGUAGUUCAUGCCAUUAUCAGAUUCCAUGUCUGUAAGCCUUAUGUAACUGGUGGGGUGUGAAUCCAAAAAUCAAAGGCUGGAACUCCAAGGUUUUAGUGAGGAAUGUUUGCAGAGUUGCAUGUCUCGUUUUCAAGAGGCUCUUGUCUUCAUUCAUACCAGCCAAGUGUUCAUGUCAGUACUGUAACAGCACUGGGCUGGCUAGCUCACCAUUUGUUCACACUGACACCCUCCUAGUGCUUUUGACUUUUGAGUCAAAUAUGCAAAUGCCUGUGGUGAGUUGCAGGUCUAACAUAUGGCGUGCAUUUCCUCUGCGGCAGGCUGUCUGUCUGACAAGGGUCCAAGUGUCCAUGGGUUAGAGCAACGGUGUGUAUAAAACCUGGAUCACUGACGGUGUGCUAUAUUGAAGCCACCGCGCAGCCAUCUAGCUACUCCUCCCAUAUAAAAAAAUAUUUGGAAGCUAUAUAAAUGCAUUUAUAAAUGACUGCAUUUGGUUUUUUUUUUACAAUUAUUAUAUUAGGCACCUUAAUGCUUUUAAAUGAUAUAUGUGCUAAACAUAACAAAAAAUGACAGCUUUUGAGGAGGGGGGGGGGGUCCUAAUGUUACUGUCCCCACUACAACAAAAAAUAAUAGGUGGUAAAUAAAAGUAAUUUUGUCCUUAACAUUUAA